AUGAGACGGCUCUGCCUCUCCGUUGCCCUUCUCGUCCUCCUGGUCACCCUGGUGGCCUGCACCCCGGGGGGUGAACACAAGAGCCGUGCCAGAGGUUCUCAGCCUGCCUUCUGCCUGGAGCCUCAUUACACGGGUCCCUGCAGGGCCCGGAAGAUCAGGUACUUCUACAACGCCAAGUCCGGGCAGUGCAAGAUCUUUAUAUAUGGCGGCUGCCGAGGGAAGAAGAACAGCUUCCUGACAGCAGAGGAUUGCAUGAAGACCUGCGGUGGUCAUGCGGGGAUCCAGGGAGGAUCUGCGAGCUGUGCUCCCCCGAAACUCUGAACUCAAAGAGGACGCACACAGGGCUGGGCUGUGGCUGCUUCUGAAACAGUUCAGUCUCCUCUGAGUCCUUCUCAACCCCACCCUCCUCAGCAGAACCCUGCCUCUUUCCUUCCCCCCAUGGGUCUACUUGCUUUAGUUCUGUCUCGUCCAGUCGGCUCUAAGCACCAGGAGAACAAGUCUUCCCUUUAUCCCUAGCACUUAGCACAGGUCCUGGCACGAAGGAGACAGUCCAUAAUUACUUGAGGAAGGAAAGAAUGAAUGCAGAUGCACAUUCCUCACAGUGGGAGAGAUCUUUUCAAUAAAGAAGCCCCUUUCCCUCACAGUGAUGUUGCACAUUUUCCUUUCUAUGGCUUCAAACUGUCUGUCUUAUAUUCCAAUAAAUUCAUAUUCAAAUUAAA